GCGAGCACACCGUGCGUACUGCGACACUACGCGUCCAAACCUCACCGAUAUGGCCAAAAUCACCCAACAGUCUAUUCUGCGCAUAAGCGAUGAAAAAACCUUGCAACUCAUCGAAUUAUACGAAAAUGAGGAAUGCCUGUGGAACACCACUACUGAAGCUUAUAAAAUUAAAUCAAAAAGAUACGAGGCGGCCGAAAGGAUAGCUAAAAUACUUAACUUAAAACACUUCACUUUCCGGCACGUCAUAAUCAAGUUUAAAAAUCUGCGGAACUCUUAUUGCCAGGAGUUGAAAAAGAUAGCGAACAGCGUCGCCGCUGGGGAGGAACCAGUUUACCGUCCCAGAGUAUUUUGGUUCUCGAAAAUGGACUCCUUUUUGCGUCCUCACUUGCAACCAACGAGGGACUCCAAAUUGCUUUUCAACUAUGGCGUCUUAGUUAAGUCGGAACCAGAAGAAAACGAGGAGUCCCAGCAGUCGAGAGCAGUCACUGAUGACAACAAUUCUUGCUCGGAAGAGGACGCGGAGGAGUACUUGCUGCGAGUAAAGCGAUCGAGAAAUUCCUCGAUGUCGUUCAACGAGUCAAAACUUGAAGAAUCGUAUUCCAACACCUACGUGCCCUCGUCUCGGGAUACUUCGUCGCACCAACCUACGACGAGUCAUAGGGAUGAUUGCUACGACAGCUUCGGCAAGUACGUGUCGGCCAUGUUGAGAAACAUGCCCGAGCAGCGAGCGAUGGAGUUACAGCCUCAGAUAGUCAAACUACUAGUGUUAGGAACGAUUGGUACCAGCGAGGGGCUCGUAAGUCAAUCGGAUGAGAAGUCUAGUUUGUGACCAAUUAUUGAUAUAACAUUUUUUCAAGAAAAUUUUUCGAGUUGUUUACGAGUGGAUUUGUUUACUGAAGAAAUAUUGUAUAAAAAGAAAUAAGCACUGA